UUGAAUAUUUGAAACUGAGCGUGCGACUUUCCUCUUUUACUGCCAACCUUCUGAUGAUGUUUUAUUUGGAAAUUUCAAAAUGACGACGCUGUCAGGCCCUUUGUUCCCUUCUUUGACACCGCGGGCGGUAGACCCGUUGUGGUUUUCUCUUGACGGAUCCAGCGACGACGAAUCUGAACUUGCCAAACUGGAGGAAGAAUACCAGACAUGGAAGCAGAGUAUUGCAGAGAAGUAUCAAAACAUUGUUCCUAUAGGAAAAGCAGCUUCAGAGUUGUAUGAUGAAGAAGAUGAUGAUGAUGAAGAUGACGAGGCAGAUGAUGACGAUGAAAGUGAUACAAAUGACGAUGAGCUGGAUACUGACAUGAUAGAUGACAGAGAUUCACCUGAUGAUGCAGAGAUGGAUGGAACAGAUCUGGAAUCUCCAGCAUGGGGUCUAUGAGGUGUGACAGAACUGUAAUACAUUUGCAAGUACCUGAGAACAGAUUUGUGCACACUCAAGGGGGACAAUACGAUCAUUUUCUUUGGCAUACCGGCUGUGGGAGAAAGGGAGAUAAUUCUGCAUGGCUGUAGCAUUCAGUCUCUCCCAGGACUUCAGCUUUUAUAUCAGAUGCAUUAGCUGUUUAUGUGGCACAGAGGUGCAUAGCUUCAAAAACAAAUGUUGCAUUUAAGGACUGGAAGUAAUGUAUGUAUGUUCGAGUAUGAAAGGAAAUAUUUCAAUCAGUGAUUUACUUAGAAGUUGAAAGUUUUCUCUUCAUAAAUACUUGGCUACAUUGUGUUCUUAUCUUCACCAAACUGCUAUCAUUGCAGGUUAGCGUUAAGCUUUAGAUAGCACAUUUCAGGUCACGUUUGUAUCCAGCUCUUGUAGUCACUGCUGCAUCUUUAGGUCAGGUAAGGUACCUGGCAAAGUUAAAUGGUACGGGCACUCAUUUUGCCUCAACCCAUAAACCUGACUGCCAGUCAUAAAAGUGAAAAUUGGGUGUUUCACGUCAAUCAAAUAAAUAUUAUUUAUUGUAGAAAUUUUUUCAAUAAAACGUU